AUGGCGUUCGCCCUAGCUACUCUCGGGCACGAAGACCAAGAUGGAGGAUCUCAGCUCUCUCCGUUCCAGCAAAGGCUCCCGCCUCCAGCCCUCCUCCAUCGUCCGUCUCUCCUCUGCCUGUACCAACGCUCCGAUUUCCUUGAAGACCUCCCUCACCGAUGGAAGAAGAAGCAUGGAAUCUCUGCAGAGAUUUGCUCUCGGACCCGCGACGAGAAUCCUUUGGCUUCUCCGACGCCUCUGCUUUGGUUGUUCAUGACACUCGGUCUUGUCCCAGUGAUAGAUCUGUGUUCUCUGAACUUCUCUCCGGCGAAGACGAUGACUCUUCUCGUCUCUAACGGUUUGCUCAUAAUGAAGCUUCGUCUGAAGGUCGCUGCCAGAAUAGCUCGAAUCCCAGAGCCACCGGACCCACCAGAUCCACCGGAUCCUCUCCGCUUGCUAGUCACCAGCAACACUAUAAUGGUAUUCUCUCGAUUCUUACCUUCUGAUUAUGAAUGUGAUUGCAGUUUCGAUGAAUGGUUAGGAUUAGUAAAGUUGGAUCCAAGUUUCAUUGACUUAGUCCUGAUUGUUUCGGUUGAAUUGGGUUCUCUUAUGGUCGCCUUUGUGCGAUUCUUUGCUGCAUUAUGCAGAAUAUUUCUCCCUACUGCAGUAUGCAUGUUUCUACUAUUGUGUCAUUCAUUGGCAAGCUUAUCGCCGAUGUGCGAUGCUUCAAUUGGGCCAUCCGGUGAGAAUCUUAUCAUUUUUAUGCGACACCCUACUGCAGUAUACAGGUUUCAAUACGUCAUCACCUUGACGGACCUUGAUGUCUCUGUGAUGGAGGCUCGUUUCCUCCUAUACUCUUCUCUUGUGAUUUGGAGAAUUAGUUUAGGGAGCUCGUCGAAUUUGUUUCUACUUGAUGUAAAGACGAUCACAAUCAAAGCUGCAAUUUUAGCACUUCAACUAUAG